CACAGCCACUGUGCAUCUGUGCCCUCGCUCCAGCGCGAACUUUAAAGUUCUCCCUCUCUCCUCCGUCCCCAUCUCUCUCUCUCUCUCACUCUCGCUCUCUCUCUCUCUCUGUCUCUCUCUCCCCAUGCACAGUUGCUUCCACGCCUCCUCCACAACCAUGGAUCCCCAAAGCAUCCCCAACACUCCCCCUCCCAAAUCGCACCAAACCUAAUCUCAACUUCACCACCCGUCCCCGACCAUUUCCCCCGAAUCCCAUCCCCAUCCCCAUCCUCAGCGCCGCGCCCCACCUCUCCGAUGCCCGCGCCCGCGAUCGCGAUCCCGCUCCGAGCGACCCCGCAUGGGAGCUUCUUCUUCUCCUCCUUCUCCUCCUCCUCCCCAUCGCGCGAUCGAUCGGAGGAGCUCGCGAGCCCCCGCGCCCUCUCCCUGGCGCCCGCGCCCUGUUCGACGAAAUGCCGAGCCGAGCGCGGGGCGCUCCGCGGGCUGGUGAUCGCGCGCGCGCUCGGCUCGUGCUUGGACCGCGACACCCUGAGCUUGCCCGUGGCCGGUGGGGGAGAGUUCGGGGUGAAAGGCGUCGCCUUUGAUUUGGAUCGGAGGUGGGGGGACUCGGCGCCAGCGUCGGAGCCUGAUGUGGCGAAGCUGCUCUCCGGGGCGCAGUCGCGGCAUAAGAUCUUCUACGAGGAGUUCGUUCUCAGGGCGUUCUUCGAGGCCGAGAGGGCUCAUAGAGGACAGAGGAGGUUGAGUGGUGAUCCAUAUUUGCAACAUUGUGUUGAGACGGCGGUGUUGCUUGCACAGAUUGGUGUCAAUGCAAGGGUUGUGGCCGCGGGGCUUUUGCAUGAUACAUUGGAUGAUUCAUUUGUGGAUUAUGAUUACAUUUCUCAGAGGUUUGGAGCUGGCGUGGCUGAUCUUGUUGAGGGGGUCUCCAGGCUUAGCCACUUGAGCAAACUUGCCCGUGAGAGCAACACAGCUAGUAGAAUUGUCGAGGCUUACCGACUACACACAAUGUUCCUUGCAAUGGAAGAUGCCAGAUCAGUACUUAUCAAAUUGGCUGAUAGGCUACAUAACAUGAUGACAUUAGAGCCGUUGCCUGUAAUUAAACAACAGCGAUUUGCCAAGGAAACUUUGGAGAUCUUUGCUCCCUUAGCUAAUCGGUUGGGUAUAUUGACCUGGAAAGAGCAACUUGAAAAUCUCUGCUUCAAGUAUCUUUAUCCGGAGCAGUACAAAGAGCUCUCCUCUUGGUUUCUCAACUCAUAUAAUAAAGAUAUAAUUACAGUUGCCAUAAGAAAGCUAGAUCAAGCCCUUAAGAUUAGCGGAGUUUCUUAUUAUGUUAUAACGGGAAGGCACAAGAGCUUGUAUAGCAUAUACACCAAGAUGUUAAGGAGGAAUCUAUCCAUAGAUGAAAUCCAUGACAUAGAUGGGAUUCGUCUAAUACUUGAGAAUGAAAAGGACUGUUUUAUGGCACUCAGCAUUGUCCACAAUUUAUGGCUUGGAGUUCCGGAAAAGUUCAAAGACUACAUUAACCAUCCAAAACCCAAUGGGUACCAAUCUCUUCACACCGUCGUUCUAACUGAAGAUAUGCACCCAUUGGAAGUUCAAAUUCGAACUCGAGAGAUGCAUAUAAAGGCUGAAUUUGGAAUAGCUGCGCAUUGGAAAUACAAGGAAGGUGACUGUGAGUGCUCCGCCUUUGUGCCUCACUUGGUUGAGUGGGUUCGAGGGGUUGUUACUUGUCAAUGUGAGACAAUUAACAUAAACUGCGUGAUCUGCGGUGGUGUUUCAGUUAGGUCGCCGUAUUCUUUUCCUCUGCACUCAGAUGACUGUCCUUAUGCAUACACAAAACAGUGUAAUCACACCGGACCCAUUUUCGUCAUCCUGCUGGAAAAUGAAAAGAUGUCUGUACAGGAAUUCCCUCCAAACUCAACGUUGAUAGACUUGUUGGAGCGAAUUGGUGGAGAUAGCACAAAGCGGCUAGUACACGCCAUUGCGGUAAAGGGAGAGUUGAGGCCUCGGCUAAACUGUGAGUCUGUGAAGGACCCAUACCAGAAGCUAAGCAUGGGUGAUGUGGUUGAGUUGGUUCCCGUGAUUCCGCGCCCGCCCCUAACAGACUAUAGGGAGGAGUUCCAAAGAAUGUACGACUGCGGCCUUAUAGUUUCGAGCCGUGAUGGUCGGAGAUGCUAACAAAAUACUUUAGUCCGUUGUAAAUGGUAGAAGUUUGUACAGUUUUAAAAAUUUAAACCUUCUGAAAUUCAGAAGCAUGCUUGCACAGCAAAAAUGUGGAGAAAAUUUCGCACUACAGCUACUGUAAAUAUCUUUGUACAAAAUGUAUGUGACAUUACCUGUACUUAUAUUUAUCAUCAUACAAAGCAAUAAGAGGGAAUGCAUAGGAGUUCCUUUCUGUUUAGAA